UUUUGACAUUGUGGGGGAAACAAAAGAAAAACAUGAGAGAGACAUUUUCGGUCACUGUGAUCACGACUGGAUCACCAUCAUCUGUUUCCCACCAGUUAUGUAAUCAGACGAGCUGGAUUCUCCCAUCUCUCCCACUUGUCAAAUUUCUCUCCCUUCGGUGUCUGAAUUCUGAUCUAAAUCGGUAAUAACAGAGCAGAUUUACCUCCCAUCGUGAGGCGUGACCAUUCGCUUGAAGUGCGAGGCGUCACUGAUCUCUGGGGCGGAGGAUCCCAGAGAGAGAGAGAGAGAGAGAGAGAGAGAGAGAGGCAGCCAUACCUGAGCUUGGCAAGAGAGAUAGCGAAGGCGACUGAGGUUAGGGUUAUUUUGGGGGUCGAAGAGGAGAUGAAAAACGGCUCUUAUACACAGUCUGAUAUAUAUGUGUGUGUGUGUGUAUGUAAGAGGGUACGAAUAUAAAAACAUAUUUAAAAUUAUUUAAUUAUUUAAACGGGAUUAAAUCAUGUAAUCGCUGAUUAGAGCGGCCAAAGCGAAGCAACUUUUCGUCGUGUCAUAUCUUCUCCCGAUGGCAAAACCCAAUCCUUUAUGGCAUCCCCUCUUCCAUGAGCUCCAUCUCCGCAGCUCAGACACGGCGGCGAUUAGGGUUCCGGCAUGGCGGCGAAGAAGGCGUGCGAGGCUUUUCCGAAGAGCUUGAUCGAGGACGUGCACAGAUGGGGUUGCAUGAAGCAGACGGGUGUGAGCCUCAGGUACAUGAUGGAGUUCGGUUCGAGACCCAAUGAGAGAAAACUUUUGAUCUCUGCUCAGUUUCUCCACAAGGAGCUCCCGAUUCGGAUCGCGAGGAGAGCGAUUGAGCUCGAGACCCUUCCCUACGGUUUAUCUGAGAAACCCGCCAUUUUGAAGGUGCGGGAUUGGUACAUAGAGUCAUUCAGGGACAUGAGAGCGUUUCCGGAGAUCAAGGGCACGAGUGGAGAGAAGGAAUUCACUCAAAUGAUUAAAGCCAUCAAGGUGAGGCAUAACAAUGUGGUUCCAAUGAUGGCAUUAGGUGUUAAUCAGCUGAAGAAAGGAUUGGGUCCGAAGAUUGUCUCUGAGGAUCUCGAUGAGAUUCAUCAGUUUCUCGAUCGCUUUUACAUGUCAAGAAUAGGGAUUCGUAUGCUUAUCGGGCAGCAUGUCGAGUUGCAUAAUCCAAACCCGCCGCCUCAUACUGUCGGUUACAUUCAUGCUAAGAUGUCUCCCAUGGAAGUAGCAAGGAAUGCUAGUGAAGAUGCUCGGGCGAUUUGUUUAAGAGAGUAUGGAAGUGCACCCGAAAUAAACAUUUAUGGGGAUCCAACUUUCACCUUUCCGUAUGUUCCAACCCAUUUGCAUCUAAUGGUAUACGAACUUGUGAAGAACUCGCUCCGUGCUGUCCAAGAACGGUUUGUAGAUUCCGAUAGAGUUGCCCCACCUAUCCGGAUAAUAGUCGCCGACGGGAUCGAGGAUGUCACAAUAAAGGUCUCUGAUGAAGGUGGAGGCAUACCGAGAAGCGGUCUCCCGAAAAUCUUCACUUACUUAUACAGCACUGCGAGAAAUCCCCUGGACGAGAAUAUAGAUCUCGGGACAGCUGAUGUCCCGGUGACAAUGGCUGGUUACGGGUACGGUCUCCCGAUCAGCCGCUUGUAUGCUCGGUAUUUCGGAGGGGAUCUUCAGAUGAUAUCCAUGGAAGGAUACGGAACUGAUGCGUAUCUGCAUUUGUCUCGCCUGGGAGAUUCACAAGAGCCUUUGCCGUGACAUUGCCUGAUCAUGUUUCUCGGUUUCAUCUGUCAUUUAGGGUUUUUGUUUUCCUGUACAUUCACACUGUGCUUAUGGUUUCAUUUUUCAUUCAUAUGGAGAUUUUCCCAAGAGAAUGAUUUGAUUAAACUCUUGUCCUCUUCCCUUGUAUCUGAAGCAACGUCUGCUGUUCCUUGCCCGAAAGUCACGGGCACUGGUCGGAUAUCCGAGAUUAUACCCGAGCGAUUUGGAUUUGGGUUGUAAAUUUCGGAAUAUGACCUAAUCAUCUACUUAUUCGUUA